AGAGUAGUGUUGGUAGUGGUCACAAAACAGUUGUUAUUUACAGGCACGGUGCGAAGUGGUGUGCGACGAAAAACUCAACUUUAUCCUUCAACAAACAUAAUUAAAAAGCAAAAAGUAUUUAAAGUGGAGCAUUACUUACUCCAGAAGGUUGAAAAACUGCCAGUCUAUUCAAAACAUUCCUGACAAGCCCAAAAAUCACUAAAAAUGCCCGAGGAAAUCGUAGAUCAGGAGAACCAGGCUCCCCAGCAGCAAGUGCAGGCAACCGCAGUUCCAGAAUAUAAUCGGGAAAUGCUGAUGGACAUGCUGCCCGUUUACUACAGGCGCCUCUUUCCCCACAUGCCCUUCUACCGCUGGCUCUCCUAUGGACUGACUGAGGACGGCAUCUUCUGCAACCGUGAGAUUUCGUUCACCCUCCACGACGAUAUCUACUUGAGAUACCUGUGCUUUGAGAGCCAGGCGGAGUUCGAGAAGGAGAUUUGCUUGAAGCUCCCCGUCAAAAUGGACAUUGGACCCGUGAUGCACACCAGACCCAAGAAUAUUCGCACUGUUCCGGGUGGACUGAAUCCAGUUCAGCGCGAACUGGUCUUCGAUAUCGAUAUGACGGACUACGAUCCGGUGCGCACCUGCUGCUCCGAGGCGGAAGUGUGCCAGAAGUGCUGGAAGUUCAUGGUGCUGGCCGCCAGGAUUCUGGAUGUUGCGUUGCGCGAGGACUUUGGCUUUGAGCACAUACUCUGGGUCUUCUCCGGGCGGAGAGGCAUCCAUUGCUGGGUCUGCGAUCACCAGGCUAGACAUCUCGAUGGACGUGGCCGCUACGCCGUGGCGGAGUAUCUCAACCCCAUCUCCUAUGUGAGUUUCGGAGGUAAAAACUCGCCCAGAUGCCCGAUGGGGGAUCGGACGCACCACAGCCUAAAGCGAGCCCUCAAGAUCGCGGAGCCCCUGUUCGAGGAGAUCAUCCUGGAGGAUCAGAAUCUCUUUGGCACGCCCAAAGGAGUUACCAAGCUACUCCAAAUGAUUCCCGACGAUGCAGCCCGCGGCGAGCUAGAAUCCUACUUGCAAAAGAGCCUGGAGGACGGCGCCCACUCGCGGCUCGUUUGGGAGAGCUUUCUCAAGUACUCAAACUCCAUGAAGACCGCCACGGCCAGUGCCUGGAGCCGAAAGCUCAAGAACAUAGUCCAGGAAGUGCAGCUCGGACUGCUAUAUCCACGACUGGACAUCAAUGUCACCCGGGGUUUCAACCAUUUGCUGAAAGCCCCAUUCUGCAUUCAUCCCUCCACCGGCAAGGUCUGCGUCCCCUUUAGCGUUAGCGCUGUGGCCAAGUUCGAUCCCACUACGGUGCCCACCAUCACCCAGCUGCUCCACGAGAUCAAUGCCUUUGACGACAAGAGCAAGAGCUACAUGGAGGCGCCGGAGGACAAGAGCCGGAUCAAAGACCACAAGAAGACCAGCAUGUUCAAGGGCGUGGUGGUCUUUGAAGAGUUCCUGCGCAAGCUAGAGCGCAGCCACAAAGCUGCCAGUCUGCAGUUUUGAUUACCUUUUUAAAUUAAUGUUUAAAGUAAGAAUUAUAAUUUUAAGAAGUGAAAAUAAAUAUAAAUAUUGUCA